UACCUACUUAACCCUUCUAAUUAACUUAUAAAAAAACCCAGAAAUAAUCCAAAUGCAAUCCUUGAAAAUGGACAUGAAAACUUCAUACAAAUGUCAAUUUCUUAGUCUCUUUAUUGCUUUUGCUCUUUAAGAAAAAGAAAAGCAAAACAUUCACUUCCUUUAUCUUUUCCUUCUAUGUGGGUCUGUCUUCUUUGAAUUCUCAAUCAAGUUUUCACCUUUUUUUUUUUUUUAAUGAUUGAUUUUGUUCAAGUUUUCGAGGUUCCAGCUUUAAAAAGCCUCCAUUGAGUAAAAAAAUCCCAUCUUUUUUCAGCAGGCUUCAAUGGGGGAAUCCAAAACCAGUCCACCACCUUCAUUCUCCUUCAUUUUCUCACUGUUUCUCACUGUUGCAUGCCUCUUUACACCAUUGGGAGCUCAACAGCAGUCACCCAUCAAGACCAUAGUGGUGUUGGUGAUGGAAAACAGAUCCUUUGAUCACAUGCUUGGGUGGAUGAAGCAACACGUCAACCCUUCAAUCAAUGGAGUAACUGGAGAUGAAUGCAACCCGGUUUCAACAAAAAACCCGAACCUGGAAUCCAUUUGCUUCACCGACGAUGCUGAGUUUGUGGAUCCGGAUCCAGGUCACUCUUUCGAAGCUGUUGAACAACAGGUGUUUGGUUCUUCCACCAUUCCUUCCAUGUCUGGUUUUGUGGAACAAGCAUUGUCAAUGUCCAAGAACCUGUCUGAGACUGUAAUGAAAGGGUUUAGACCCGAGUCAGUCCCGGUUUACGCUGCUCUCGUGAAGGAAUUUGCAGUUUUCGACCGGUGGUUCUCUUCAAUCCCCGGUCCAACCCAACCCAAUAGACUCUUCGUUUAUUCAGCCACUUCCCAUGGUUCAACCAGCCAUGUUAAGAAACAGUUAGCCCAUGGCUACCCACAAAAAACAAUCUUUGACUCUCUCCAUGAGAAUGGUAAGGAUUUUGGAGUUUAUUUCCAAAACAUACCCACAACUUUGUUCUAUAGAAGCCUUAGGAAAUUGAAGUAUGUUUUCAAGUUCCAUCAGUUCGAUUUGAAGUUCAAGAAAGAUGCUAGGAAAGGUAAGCUUCCUAGCUUGACGGUGAUCGAACCGAGGUAUUUCGAUCUUAAAGGAUUGCCUGCGAAUGAUGAUCAUCCGUCCCAUGAUGUUGCUAAUGGCCAAAAGCUUGUUAAAGAGGUGUACGAGAUAUUGAGGGCAAGCCCUCAAUGGAACCAGACACUUUUGGUGAUUACUUAUGAUGAACACGGUGGAUUCUAUGACCAUGUCCACACCCCAUACAUCAAUGUCCCAAGCCCAGAUGGGAACACCGGUCCUGCUCCUUCUUUCUUCAAGUUCGAUAGGCUCGGUGUUCGAGUGCCGACGAUCAUGGUCUCUCCUUGGAUCAAGAAAGGCACUGUGAUUAGUGGUCCGAAGGGUCCUUUCCCGAACUCCGAAUUCGAGCACUCGUCGAUCCCUGCAACGAUAAAGAAAAUGUUCAAUCUAUCGUCCAACUUCUUGACUCAUAGAGAUGCUUGGGCCGGCACUUUCGAACAUGUCGUCGGAGAGCUAUCCUCUCCUAGAACUGAUUGCCCAGAGAAGUUACCGGAAGCAGCACUACUGAGGACAACAGAAGCAAACGAAGACGCUGGUCUCUCUGAAUUUCAGAGCGAGGUAGUUCAACUAGCCAGUGUGCUUAAUGGUGACCACUUCUUGAGCAGCUUUGCCGAGGAGAUGCGCACAAAGAUGAGCGUAAAAGGAGCUCAUGAGUACGUGAAAGGCGCAGUUUCAAGGUUUAUAAGAGCAAGCAAAGAGGCCAUAAAGUUGGGAGCCAAUGAAUCCACCAUUGUUGAUAUGAGAUCAUCGCUUACAACUCGAUCUUCUUCGAUCCACAACUAGUUUAUCUAUUACAGGUUUUACAAAUGUCUUGUAAUAUGUACUAAAACUGACUUUUUGUGAAAGAAUUGUAUCUGAAUCGUGAAUGUGAUGAAAAUUAACAGUGUCAAAAUCCCUACUGUAUAAAUAUAGUUGCACCUCUUUGUAGAACUUGGUCUUGAUGGUCUUUGACAAUCCGUAUAUUUUUGUAGUGUUCCUCUAUUUGUACAUAUUGUAAUCGUUUAUAUACAUAAAUUUGUGUA